UCACCUUAUAAACGUAGCUUCACAUGGCCAAUAUUGCACAACUCAAAUGCACACAUGCAAGGUGAUUCAACUAUACCCAAUUAACUAGCCAUGGAAAUGUUUCCCUUGUUGCCUUACUUUCUCUUAUCAUCCCUUGUUUUUCUUCUCACAUUCAAGCUAUUAUUUUCCCAAAGAAGAAAACACAAAAACCUUCCACCAGGUCCACCUCCUCUUCCCAUAAUCGGCAACCUCAACCUCCUCGAACGCCCCCUCCACCGUUUCUUAACCCGCACUUCAAAAACAUACGGCGACAUCUUUUCUCUCUGGUUCGGCUCCCGCCUCGCCGUCGUCGUCUCGUCGCCCUCCGCCUUCCAAGAAUGUUUCACGAGAAACGACGUCGCCUUGGCGAAUCGGCCUCGCUCUCUCUCAGGAAAGCACAUCUUCUACAACUACACCACCGUGGGAUCCUGCUCCUAUGGUGAGCACUGGCGCAACCUCCGCCGCAUUACCUCCCUUGACGUCCUCUCCACCCAACGAAUCCACUCCUUCUCUGGAAUCCGAAAGGACGAAACGGAGAGGUUUAUACGUAUGUUGGCCAAGGACUCGUGCAUGGACUAUGCACACGUGGAGCUGAGUUCCAUGUUCCAUGACAUGACCUAUAACAACAUGAUGAGGAUGUUAUCAGGGAAGAGGUACUAUGGUGAUGAGAGUCAGAUAAAGGACGUGGAAGAGGCGAAGGAGUUCAGAGAGACGGUGGAGGAGUUGCUGCAAGUUGCGGGGGUGUCUAAUAAGGCAGAUUAUUUGCCCUUUCUUCGGUGGUUCGAUUUUCAUAACUUGGAGAAGAGGCUCAAGAGUAUUAAUAAGAGGUUUGAUACGUUUUUGGAUAAACUCAUUCACGAGCAACGCAGCAAGAAGGAGAGAGAGAACACCAUGAUUGACCAUCUUUUACAUCUGCAAGAGUCUCAGCCUGAGUAUUAUACUGAUCAGAUCAUCAAAGGCCUUGUUUUGGCUAUGCUCUUUGCUGGAACAGAUUCAUCAGCAGUGACUUUAGAAUGGUCAUUAUCUAAUUUACUGAAUCAUCCGGAGGUGUUGAAAAAAGCAAGAGAUGAAUUGGAUACUUAUGUAGGUCAAGAUCGCUUGGUAAAUGAAUCAGACCUUCCAAACCUAUUUUACCUUAAGAAGAUCAUCCUUGAGACACUUAGGUUGCAUCCUCCUGCUCCACUAGCAAUACCACACGUGUCUUCAGAAGACAUCACCAUAGGAGAAUUCAAUGUUCCACGAGACACUAUAGUGAUGAUUAAUAUUUGGGCUAUGCAGAGAGACCCUUUGGUGUGGAAUGAAGCCACAUGUUUUAAACCGGAGAGGUUUGAUGAAGAAGGUCUGGAGAAAAAGGUAAUUGCAUUUGGAAUGGGAAGAAGGGCUUGUCCAGGAGAAGGUUUAGCCUUGCAGAACGUUGGCUUGACUUUGGGAUUGUUAAUUCAGUGCUUUGACUGGAAAAGAGUGAAUGAGGAAGAGAUUGAUAUGAGGGAGGCAAAUUGGUUCACUUUGUCAAGGUUAACUCCAUUGAAUGCCAUGUGCAAAGCCCGUCCACUCGUGAACAAGAUUAAUCUGAAGUAAUUAAUUAAUUAAUACUAUAUCUGGUUGCCUUGUGUGUGGAUCUAUAAUGAGGUGUAAUGUUUAAUUAUCAGUAUUUAAUUAGUCGUGUCCUUAUAUACGUGUUGAAAUUGAUAAUAUAUUUGUCACGUACAACGCCAACUAGUGGAUAUAUAUGCCUCAAUAUCUUAUAUAUUGUCCGGUUUUACUCGAAUAAAGUAAAAUUUCUGUAUUUUUUAA